AUGAUUGACUCGAUUCCUGAGUGCCAACUCGAACUCGAAGGUCGACAAAGGUCACGUGACAAGGAUAUCGAAUUGACUAUUAAACGGCAUGAAAGAAAAUAUCUUGUUGUUUUUGUCACAGAGUAUUUCGAAGCAUUUAAUCACUUCGACAAGGACAACAGUGGUCACAUUACGACAAAAGAGCUGGGGACGCUUAUGAAGUCGCUUGGUGAAAACCCCACAGAAAAUGAACUGCAGCGAAUUAUUAACACUGUGGACAUUGAUGGUAAUGGCAUGAUGGAUUUUCAGGAAUUUGUCAAACUUAUGUUUACGAGAAAUCAGUUUGGAAUGGAAAUAAACGAGGCUAAGGAAGCUUUUCGAAUCUUCGAUGUAGAUGAUCGCGGUUACGUCCUAACCUCGGAACUUCGGCAAGCGUUUUCUAGACUAGAGGAGAACAUCUCCGAGAGCGAGCUUGAUGAAAUCUUGGAGGACAAAUGCCAAGCGGGCAACAGAAAGAUAUCUUUUGAAGAGUUUAAGAAGAUGAUGAGAAUAGAAACUACCCAUACGGCUGACAAGACAAAGAGGAACACACCUACAGUGCAAGAUAUGCGCAAGUAACCAUAUGUGUCACCCAAUCCACGAACCGUAUGGUACUAAAACGAACGUCAUAAAGAAGGGGAAUAGUAAUAGUAAAAAUAAAUACAUAUACGCCUUUCACAAUGUUUUUGUAAUCGUAAAGAGGUGGAUUUUACUUUAUUUUGAAACGACACAAUCUAUCUAUCUAUCUCAUCUAAACACAAGAGGAUUCGGAGAGGGUUUGCAUAGCUUCCGAGAAUUCUCUCAACUACCCAAGUGCUUAAAUGAGGUUUUUUAAAAUGUCAUCGUAAAUUAAACUUAUAGCUACUUUUGAAGUUUUUCUACACUGUCCUACUUUUAAGACUUCCAAUUGAAGCUGAGCCGACCAGUAUGUCUUAAAUGUGUUAUCAUUAAAAUUUUCUCUACCGAUCUCAAAGUGAGUUAUAGAAGUAGUUUCAAAACCACAGAUCGCUUGUGACAACUGUCUUCUAAUUAAUAACUUUGAGUUCUGCCUGGGAGCGACUAAGUCAAAAUCACUAUUAAACACUAUGCUCCUUGAUGAGGUUUUGGACCUCUUGAUAUAAAGAGAUCCCGCAAGGUAGUAAGGCGCGACCCGUGCAGGACCCUUGCACGACCCGUUCAGGCAUGGAAUGAAUCGUCUUCACACUCUCAAGGCGAAUAAGCAAAGAGGCCCGUGCCUCAAUGCCCAUGGCAGAGACUUCAUCAAGACAGUCAGUACACGAAACAACCUGGUACUCAACCAGAAGCUUGCAAAAGGAGCAGAGAAAAGAUAGUUGGCAUCAAGUACAUAGACCAAGGUCACCAAAAAAUAAACUGGUACAACAAUAGUACGGUUCACAUGGAUGAUUAAGCAGAUUGAUGAACAAAGCCUUAGUUUCUUUUACAACGUGGCGUUGUCAGAGCUUGCUUCAAUAAUUUCUCUUAUUUUUUCGUCCAGCAGUUUUAAAUUAUUUAGCUGUAAUUUUCUUCAAAACACAAACU